UAAAAUAUAAUCACUUUAAAUAAAUCAUUAUAAUUGAUCACCCGUUGUGAACAAAUGAAAACAAGAAUGAAUCAUAUUCAUACACCGUCGUUGUUGUACAUAUACCUGAACUCAAGCUGUCGUUCAAACCGAAGCCCCGCCCCUUUACUUCAGCCCCUCCUCUGAUUGGUCAGACUCUGACAGGCGGACACGCGUUUCCUCAAUUGAACACAGUCAGGUUUGACUCUGGUUCAUUUGGUUGUUAAAGAGAAAACAGUGACGUCUCCGCCGUGAGAGUUUUUGAACAAACAGUGGAUUUGGUUUUGGUGGUAUUUUUUUUUUCGACUACCACUACGCCGGUGAUUCGAUGCAGCUCCAGGUCGCAGUGCUGUAGUUGAGGCUCCAGGUCGACAGGAUGACACGGAUUUUCUGGGACACAGUUCUUCUCAUCAGCGGUUCCCUCUUUACUUUUGGAGCAGGGCCAAGCAACUCAACGAUUCAAGCUCCCGUAUCCUUUGAUACAAACUCGUCUGUCGCUUCAAACACCUCGCUGAGCAGCAGCGCUAACGCGAGCUCCUCCGCUAACACACAUGAAGCUCAUCAAGUCAGAAGUCUCAUCUUCACAUUUGAAGCAGGGAAGAGAAACGAGUCACUCUUCGAUGCUGGGCGUCCGGUCCAUCCAAAUGAUGCUGUUCCUCAGAACAUCUCUGCACCAACAGGCAGCAACAGCAGGACUACAACUACAACGACAACAUCUGCAGCAGCUACAACCACCAGCAGCCUCCAGGUUAAAAAGUUUGUGAUCGCGGCCGUUCGGUCACAUUUCGACGAGUGUCCAGACUCCCAUCGCCACUUCUGCUUCCACGGCACAUGUCGUUUCCUGAUACUGGAGGAGACGCCUGCGUGUGUGUGCCAUCCAGGCUUCAUGGGGAUGAGGUGUGAACACGCAGACCUGCUGGCUGUGGUGGCGACCAAUCACAGACCACACAACGUUGCCACGGCGCUGGUGUUGUGUGUUAUUGGGUGUGUUCUCAUCAUACUGUUGUGUACACUGUUACAUUGCUGGUGGCAGCAGGAUUGUCGACGGCGACGUUACACACAGCGUUACGUCCAGGAGAAACACGCCACUUCCUGUUAUCCCCCAGAGAGCGUGGUUUGAAGCCGUUCUUCAACCUUCAUCUCAGAACCAGUGUCGAAGAAGAAACCAUUACGACGUGUGUGUCUGAGGUCGGACUGUUGGAGGCUGCUGUUCAACAAUCCGUGACGUUCCUGUUUUUGUGCACUGAUUUUCGAGUCCUUUGGACCAAAACGACACAGGAAUGUGUUUUCUCCCGUCUUUGAUUCUGUGGAAAACAACAAUUCGUUCCGAGGAUGGAAUUUUCCCGAGGAAAUUGACCCUCCUGUGCAGUUAAGUUAAGACUAAAAGGCCUGACCGCCGUGGCCGCGGGACAACAACGAUUCACUGACUGACGUGAGCACUGACACCUGUCUCUUACCUUCGUCUUUCAUAUUUAUAUUUUUGCACUUCCAAAAUGACUCUCUCAGCACAGGAGACGUGUUUUUUCGAACAUUUUAACAUCAGCUUUUAAAGACAGUGCUCACAUCAGCUGACAGGAGGACGACUUGAUCUGGAUUAAAAACCACAUCCUCCUCCUCCUCCUCCUCCUCCAUCGACUGAAGCUGUCCCGCUGUGGUUUGCGUUGUUGCUGCUGGGCCUCAGAUAUCUGUCAGUUUUUAUUUUUUUAUUCCUGAACUGCACUUCCAAGUAGUAAUACUUCUGAGGUUUUAUUUUUAAAAAGAAAUAUUUUUGCAUACUAUAAUUCCACUCACGUGCACGGACACGGUGGUCACGGAGAAUCUACUGCACUGACUUUGUUGAGUU